GGUGUAGAUUCAAUCAAGUUUCAAAGAAAGAGGAAAGGAUAACAACGGCGAUUAGUUGGUCAGCAUCAAGGUCGGUAGAGAUCAAGAAAUCCAACUCUGUAGAUUUAGUGAAGUUUCAUGAGAAUAUGGAGCGUCAAUAUUCUGGAUGAACGAGAAUAAUGAUUGCGGGUUCUUUGAGUGGCAUGAUGACCCUUUAACAGAUAGGGUGAAGAAUGUUAUCAAUGAUUUUAAAAGGGAUAAUAGAAGGCUACACACUAUAAUUAAGGGGCUGGAGAAGGUUAUCCGUGCAGAGGGGAGCUUUGAUGAAGCACCAGUACCGGAAUGUGUUGAUACUUGCAAUGAAAAGAUGGAACUGAAGUUGAAUAUGUUCCUUGUAUUUCCGAGAUAUGUCAUGAUAACACAAAUAAUCAGGGUCAAAUCCAUAGAUUGUAUCCACGUCCCCAUUCACGUAAUGUAAAGGCUUGAACACCCACCUCCCACUAUGGUUAAACCUCAGGUUGACCAACCCACUCAUUUGUACAGUAAAAGUAAGACAAACGAACAGAGUACCUUAGAGCGUUUCAACGGUGUCCAUCGUAAGAUUUGAGCCUCUA